GCGUAUCCUUUGGGAUCCAGGUUAGACUUCUGCUGCACAUGGCCACGGCUUGGCCCGAAGAGGAGAGCUUUGCCUGCUCAGUAUGCCUGGAAACCCUGAAGGACCCCACCACCCUACCAUGUGGACACUCGUACUGCUUGGCUUGUAUCCAGAACCACUGGGACACCAAGGGUCUGUGCAGCUGCCCUCAGUGUAGACAGGUCUUCAACCCUCGACCCUCGCUGGCCAAGAGCACCCUGCUUGCAGAGGCCAUGGAGAAGCUGAGAACCAACAGCCUCAAGCAAAACUCCUUCAAAGCAGCUUUUCCAGCCCCACCUCCACCAGUGCCUAUCUACCUGGAGGUUCUUUCGGAUGUAGGGCCGAGGAAGGGCAGCGUGUACCCACAGCUUCCCAAGGUUGAAUCCAGACACUGCUCUCUACACAAUCGACCUCUUGAUCUUUUUUGCCACCAAGACAGGGAGUGUGUUUGUGAGGUGUGUUGCCAGCAUGCACACAGAGGACACCAUGUGCUCAAACCGCAAGAAGAGAGAAUGGAGAGACAGAAAGAGCUCAUCCAGAUGCAGGCCGAGGUCCAGAGAAGAAUCCUCGAGUCUGAGAGGAUGCUCAAGGAGCUCCCACCCGCUGCACGUCAACACAAGGCCCUACUGCAGGCUCUGGAAAAGGAGAGUUCAGAUUUGUUUCCCGAUCUCGUUAAGAGCUUGAACCAAACAGGAACUGGAAUUUGUGAGCUACUUGGGAGCCAUGAGACGGCCUUUUGUAGCCAAGUUGAAGGGCUGAUCCAGGGCCUGGAGCAGGAGGUGGCACAGCUCCACUGGAAGCAUGAGGAGCUGAUCAGAAUAGCUGAUCUUCAGGAUGAUGUCUGCUUCCUGAAGAAUUUCCUCCUCAUGGAGCCUCUGGGUAAGAUGAGUGACACAGGAGAGUCGGUGCUGAGUGAAGAAGAAGCCAGGGUGACCUCUAUUCGCUCAUCCAUAAAAGAGCUGCAGGACUCAGUACAGGACCUGUGCAAAGCCACUCUGGACAAAAUCACCAAAAUAGUGAAUCAUGAGCCUGUGGCUUCAACACCCAAUGGUGGAGCAGUAGCAGCAGCAACAGGCACAGCACCCGCUGGUUAUUCUUGUCCGGCCGCUGCUCAAGUUACAGUGUAUGAAUCCAUUACAAUUCCUCCACCUCUGCCGCCUCCACGACCUCAAGUGUGUGAUCCCCCGAGGUUUGGAGGUUCUCUGAAUCAUCAAGCUUCAGCACCACCUGUUCCUCUUCCUCUUCCUUUUCCUCGACCUCGAUCUCAAACAUCUGUAAGAACAGCAACUACAGUUGAAAAUCCAGAAUCAAGAACAAGAGAGGAAAUGUUAAAAUUUCGUUUUGAACCCACCUUGGACCCCAACACGGCGUACCGACACCUAAAGCUGUCAGAUGAUGGUCAUAAAAUCACAAUGCGUUCUGAGAACCUGAACCCGCCGGACCACCCUGAGCGCUUCGUCUUCUGGAGACAAGUCCUCUGCCGAGAGCCCCUGGCUGGGAGCCCUUACUACUGGGAGGUGGAGUGGACUGGCCAGAAGAUCACCAUUGGUGUUGCCUACAAGGAAAUGGAGCGUAAGGGUUCUGAUGACAAAAGCCGUCUGGGCCACAACGCCCAGUCCUGGAGCCUGUACUGGUCUGGAACCGGCUUCUCCUUCUGGCACAACAACCAGGAGAAACUUCUGGGCUCACCCAAAGCCAAGAGGAUUGGCAUCUAUCUGGACCAGCACACAGGGAUUCUGAACUUCUACAGCAUCGUCAACAAACAAGCGUUUCUUAUCCAUCAUCAUGAGACCCAGUUCCACGGGCCGCUGUACCCAGGAUUCAGGAUGUGGGCAGGAAUUGGUGACACAAUGACUAUUUGCCAACUAGACUGA